CAAGUAAGUUCACUCUCCCUGGUCAUGAAACUUCUGUCCAAGAAUUCAAACUCUUCAUAGCCCUACGUGAAAACCCAGUUACCGGUGCCUUAUCUUAGCAACCUUCCUACUACCCCACCGCGUCGGCCAGGUUUUGGAGACACAACAGCUCCACCAUCCUUGUUUCCACCCACUCGCCUUGCUAUCGCUCGUGAUUGAGUGUUGCUCUGCAUCUGCCACCCGCCGCCCGCAAUCAGUCCUCCGAGUCACUCUAAAUGUCCGCGCAGCGUUCCCCAACAGUCCUCUCCCGCGCCAGCUCGUCAUCAGCCUCCUCGUCGUCAUCGGAAUCGCACAACAGCGACUCCACCAGUCGCCAGCGCCCAGGCGUCACUCCAUUGACUACGCGCCCGCAAACCACACCGAACCCACAACACAGCCAUCGACGACGCCGUGGCCGCAGAAACCGCCGUACACACACUGCCUCCGGACACCUCGAGGGGGAACUCGGUCGCAACUCGGACGAUGGCGCGAACACCUUCAACUCCCCGGCUCCGCGUAGGAACACGGGGUUCUACUUGCAGCCGAACUUGAGUGGCGUGUCGAUGGACAGUACCGCGUUACUGGAUCACAGAGAGCAAAUGUCCAUGCGACCGAGGCGUUCUAGCACUGCUACAGCACUGUUUGACUCGGUCAGGUCGCCAGGCGGACACCCACGGUAUCAGGAGAGGCCGGCGCACGAUGGCGCGGAAGACGAUGGCCAGAGCUCCGAGAACUCAGACAAUGAGACCCGACCGUUGAUCCGGAUCGGUGCGCCCAACGAGAGGACUUCUCUCAUGGGUACGCGACCGCAGAAGUCGCGACCUUCGACGUCUAGUUCGCGACGGGCACAGCAUCCAGAACUCGGGCGGCUGCCGCCCCCUAGCGUCCCCUUCCGUGAAUACGGCAGCAUCAACUUCCCGCCGUCGGUUCCGUCGAGCCCCCAUCUGGAGGCGUCUCGCAUGGCUCGUAGCUUCCAGGAGCACGAUUUCGCGAGAAUACGAAACGGUAAUGCGCCGGAUACUCUCAUCAAUAUUGACACGCACGACGGCGACGACGACGAGGAUUCGCACCCGCCACGCUCCCCGCCCAAAUCCCCGAAUAAUGGCAUGCGCUCUUCCACCUUCCGCGCAGAGGAAGAUGUCUGCUUCCCGGUCGACGACGGCCUGCUCGACGAGGACGAGGCUACCGAGAUGAACGGCGACGACUAUCCAAAUUGCCGCCGCCGUCGCCGCGAGUGGCCCGACUUCUCAGUCUUGGAAGAGUGGAGCCGCGACGAGAAGGAAGAGCGCAGCGAGGGCAUAAGAGCCAAGAAGUUGCCGGAGCCUGUCUAUGUGGGUGGACGCCUUAGACCACCCGUUAGGGCCCCGUGGCAUAGGGAUGAGGAGGAGCUGCCAUACCGAUUCACGUACUUCAACGAAGAAUUGCCUGCCACAAUCCAUUCGCAUACGAUAUCGGAGCUGUUGCAGCCAGGGCAGUCGUUCGCGGACCUCUUCAGGCCGGAGCCGCGGGUGCUUGAGGACUCAUCGGAAGAUGAACUUGAUGCGAGCCCGGGAAGGCCAAUGCGCGCGGGAAGCACUACUACCGGCGGCGACGAGUCGAGGACCGAUUGCUCCCCGCCGGAACCAAGUCAAUCGCUGCCUAGACUCGGGCCGAGGCCGACAUUCUGGCUAGAUGUGUUUAGCCCAACGGAUGCGGAGAUGAAGAUCAUCAGCAAGGCCUUUGGCAUUCAUCCGUUGACCUCGGAGGAUAUUAUGAUGCAGGAAGCGCGCGAGAAAGUCGAGCUGUUCCGCAGCUACUAUUUGGUGUCGUAUCGUACGUUCGAGCAGGAUAGUAACAGCGAAGACUAUAUGGAUCCUGUGAACAUUUACGUAGUAGUUUUUAGAGACGGCGUCAUCAGCUUCCACUUCUCACAAACUCCACACCCAGCGAAUGUCCGCCGCCGUAUCCGCCAGUUGAAAGACUACAUAACCGUCUCCGCCGACUGGAUCUCCUACGCUCUGAUCGAUGACAUCACCGAUGCCUUCCAGCCAUUGAUCCAGUCCCUCGAAUCGGAAGUAGACGACAUUGAUGACGCCAUCCUGCGGAUGCACAUCGAGCCCGACUCGCCGGAAAAGAAGAAGCAGGGCACCGCAGCAUCGCUCAAGGGCGACGACCCCGAGGAGCAGAAGAGCGAUGGCGACAUGCUGAAGCGGGUGGGCGACAGCAGACGGAACGUUAUGAGUCUGUACCGCCUCAUGGGAAAUAAGGCGGAUGUUAUCAAGGGCUUUGCGAAGCGCUGUAAUGAGCAGUGGCAAGUUGCACCUCGCAGCGAGAUUGGGCUUUAUUUGGGCGAUAUUCAAGACCACAUCGUAACCAUGGUCUCCAACCUCAACCACAUGGAAAAGAUCCUCUCACGUAGUCAUAGCAACUAUCUGGCGCAGAUCAACAUCAAGAUGAACGAGCGACAGGAGCAGACGGCCGACGUGCUUGGCAGACUGACGGUUCUUGGAACCAUCGUUCUGCCAAUGAACAUCAUCACGGGUCUGUGGGGAAUGAAUGUUAUGGUGCCCGGACAGAACGUGGAGAAUCUUGACUGGUUUUGGUGUAUCACCGCAGGCCUGCUGGUUUUUGGAUUCAUGUGCUAUUGGAUUGCGAAGCGAGUGUACAAGAUCAUGUAAUGAUCUCAUCCUCUGCUGCCAUGUAUGUUUGUAUCGUAUCUGAUCCCAUUUGUAUAUGGACUGGGACUUGGACUUGGACGUUUUCAUUUCACGAUUUUGGAUCUCCAUCGCGUUUCUUUCCUUCCUUCCUUCCUUCUUGUUUGUAAUAAUACGCCUGUAGCUCUUUUCUGUGGGCCUUUUUCUUCUUCUUUCUUUCUUUGACGAGGUCAUACUUGUACGCAUAACUACGGUGGGUGGGAUAGCCAGACAGCCAAACGAUGACGGAUUGAUUGGAACAGUUGUUUUUAGAUGAUAUAGAACAGACGAACAGCGAAAUACUAUACACACGCAUAUCAAAAAUGAAUGAAUAUGAAUGAAUGAAUGA